UGUCAUGGGUACUUCAGAUUUAGAAGUAAAUGGUUAUAUUUUUAAGCGUAUUAUAUAGGAUAACGAGGUGUCCUGAAUUUAUCGGGAUAUCCCAAUAUUGUGAUAACUGUACAUAAUGCUGUUAUUAAAUACAUAGUUUUUUUUUGUUAGUAAAAAAACAAAUAGCUGAUAACUGGGGGUUUUCAGAAAAAACUAUACCUUUGUUGCCUUAGUUAUCCUUAAUUUUCCACACAAAAUUUAUUAGUCAAUUUAGUAAUGGUACAUACAACUGCGUUACAAAACUGACAGUUAAAAGUGGGACACUUUUUUUAUUGCUUAAAUCGAUAGUGCUCAUAAAUAUAAGUAGAAAUAACCCAAAAUGAAUUAGGUUUUAAAAAAAGUACAGGGUAUAUAUACUUUUUUCUGAAAAUGCCCAACUACAUUGUUAAUUACACACUUUUUUUAUUUAUACAAGUGAUUUUUUAAUGAUGGUUAGUGAAAUUAUGGCUAAAUAAAAAUCUUUGUUUUGACUGCAAACCACUUUUACCAACUUUAGCAACAAUUCAACUGCUAAAUAUAAAUUGGCUGUCCUUAAGGGCAUAACAUUUAUUAGACUGUGAAUAAUAAGGGUCAUCUAAUAAUAGGUGUUGAUCAAUAAACAAUUAUUGAUCAGGAGUGGUUAUACAGAUCAAAACAAUCAUAAUUCCAACCUUUUCCCGCGAUUUACAUGAAUAAAUGAGCUCAAAAAUAAGACAAGUAUCCAAUUUAGAGCUUUACCUAGUCGUCUGAUCCCUCGCAGAGCUUGAAAUCCAGCAGUUCUAGUGGUUUUUCUGGAUACCACUUUGUCAUUCAUGAGACCACUGUUUGCUCGCGUUUAGGCUUCGUCACUCCAGCACUACGACCUUUUGCUAGUUGUGCACCAGCUCGCAAGCAAUUUUUAAUACUUGCAAGUAACAGUUUUCUAAUAAAACCCAUGGUUUUUUAGCAAAUAUUUGAUACCACCGCCUGCCAUCGCUGCAUCCUCGAUUGACUUUUGAGCACCAAUGUUGCUAUGACAAAAUAAUAAAAAAUAGGUCACGAUGACAUGCGGCAUGGUAGGAUAUAAUUGUCAGCGUGCAUUUUUGAAUAAAUCAGUUGACUAAAUUGUUUACAAAUAAUAAAAAUUAAAAUCUGAAUUAUAAUAGGAAUAUGUACAUUAUUUUAAAAUGGAUUUCUCUGAUGUGCCAUCUAUGUUCUAUGCAUAGAACUAGAACAACGCACUGGCAGCUUGGGAAAAUACAAGGUGUUUGCCUGCUUUAUCAACCGAGCAUACGCCAUUUUACUUACAAAAGGUUUGCACUAUCGUUCGUCAACAAUGUAAAGCGGAUGGUGAAAUGUUUGUUCGAUUUUUCAAGUGUUUGUGAUGUGCGUGUGGUGUUUUAUACCCUGGAUAAAAUACUAGGAUAAUGGAGGAGCCCAACGAGGACUCUAGGGUCGUUCCCGAACUCUACUUUCUGAUAGCGAAAUUUCUUACGGGAGGUCCGCUGACGGAAACUGCAAAGACAUUGUUAAAAGAGCUCGAGAGCGUAGAGGUCCUACCCCGCCGCCUUGACUGGCAGGGCGAAGAGCACUCCCAGUCGUACAAUGAAUUGGCAGCACAGUACAGCGACGUGCCUUGGCACCGUCUGGCAGCAGUAUGCGCGAGCGCAUUGCGUCUUGCUCCCUCGCCUUCGACGAGCUCACUCCCUCUCGCUCCUGCUUCAUCGCUGCGCCUGCGACUCUCGCUGCUUGGGGACGCGUUGGUUCGGACCAGACCGAAGUAUUCAGCGUUUAAAAAGGAUCAUACGCUCGCUCGACGCUUACUCUCCCGUGAGCUUGGAGGCAUCAUCGAAGGCCGAGGGACAGCUCCCCGGGCGCCGGCAGCGCAGCUCCUGCCAAAAAGGCUGCUUGGAGGCCUACAGUUAAGGCGGAGGACCCUAGGACAUCUUUCUGCUGUCUAUUGCCUGGCCUUUGACUGCUCCGGUCGAUAUGUUGUGACGGGCGCGGACGAUCUUCUAGUAAAAGUAUGGAGCGCGUACGACGGGCGUCUCGUCGCCACGCUCCGCGGCGCCGGCGCCGAGAUCACCGACGUGUGCCUGUCCCGCGACGGAGCCCUACUGGCGUGCGGCAGCGUCGACAGACUUGUGCGGGUGUGGUGUCUCGCCACUGGCGCUCCGUUAGCUGUCCUGCACGCGCAUGCGGGCACUAUUACCUCUGUCCACUGGUCGCCCUGGGCGCGCGGCGACGUCCGCUGGCUCGCGUCCACGUCCACCGACGGCUCCGUGGCCUUCUGGACCUGCUCCCGCGACGGCCAGUUCCUGUCCCAGCCUGUUCAGUACAUGGAGAGGAUGCGCCCAGGCGCCUGCCACAUGAUAUGUGCUGCCUGGUCUGCUGGAGGGGCUUUCCUGGCUGCAGGGUCGCAGGAUCAUCAUGUCAGGGUGUACAUGGUGGACGGCGAGGGCGGCGGGCCGCGUCGAGUGCUGGAGACGGCUGUGCACUCCGAGGCGGUGGACAGCCUGGCCUGGGCGCACCGCGGGCUGCGCUUCGUGUCGGGCUCCAAGGACGGCGCCGCCUGCGUGUGGGCGCUGCACGCCUCCGCCUGGCGCCACACGGUGCUGCACUGUGCCAGUUUGGAUGAUACUGGCAAGGAUGACAACAAGAAAUUAAAGGUCACAAUGGUGUGUUGGGACCUAAGCGAUGCAUACAUCAUCACAGCUGUCUCCGACUGCUCCAUUAGAGUGUGGUGUUCCCGUACGUGCAGCAUGGUGCGGGUUCUGAAAGGCCACAAAGACGAGGCCUAUGUGCUGGAAGCCCACCCUUUACUUCCUGGCGUGUUCCUGUCAGCCGGCCACGACGGCCAGCUGUUCGUAUGGGACGCCAGCACUGGCGAGAUCCUUGCCUCAUUCCUGAACAAAAUCGAAGGGCAAGGUGAAGGCGCAAUCUUCGACGCGAAAUGGGGCGGCGGCUGCGCCCUGGCCGCCGCAGACGCACACGGACAUCUUCUGCUGCUGUCAGUGGCUUCAGGACCCAAGCUGAUGUCCAAGCUGCCUCCGGAGCUGUUCUUCCACACAGACUAUCGACCUUUGUUGAGGGAUGCUACUGGAACAGCGCUGGAUGAGCAGACCGAGAUCCCCCCGCACCUGAUGCCGCCCCCCUUCCUGGUGGACGUGGAGGGCGCGCCGCACCCGCCGGAGUACCAGCGCCUCGUGCCGGGCCGCGAGAACCUGGCGCUCGACCAGCUCAUCCCGCUCGCCGACGCCAGGAGCCGCAUAGACGUCAUGAUCGAGGCUUUAGCGGCCGAGCGGACUCCCGGCCUCGUCAACGGCCUCGGCUUCGGCGGGGGCGGCGUGUGGCGCAACGAAGGCGUCCGGCACACGGCCGGCUCGUGGCAGCGCGACGUGCCCGUGCCGCCCUCCUCCCGCCCGCUCGUGGCGCCCCCGCCCUCCGCCGUCACCGCGCGCCAGCACCAGCAGGGGUGAGUACGAGGGCUCCGGCACACGGCCGGCUCGUGGCAGCGCGACGUGCCCGUGCCGCCCUCCUCCCGCCCGCUCGUGGCGCCCCCGCCCUCCGCCGUCACCGCGCGCCAGCACCAGCAGGGAUCGGAGAUGAACGCCUUCGAGCUAGCCUGGUACCGACGCGAGAUGCGGCGGCGCCCCAUCAUGAUCAGCACCGCGCCCGAGCCCGUGCGCCGCCGCGCGCGCCCCAAGCCGCGCCCCGCGCCGCAGGCGCAGCCUGUCCGGCGAGUUGUAGAAGAACCAUCAGCGCUAGAAGUGGUCAGCUCCGACAACGACACCUCCGACGAAUCUGUUCGACUAUCUCGCUCGCACUCGCGUUCGUCUCGCUCGCGAUCCCACUCACGGUCUAGCCGGUCUUCAUUGGAUCUCACUGAUUCUAGUUCACAUUCAGGAAGCAAAAGUGGCAAUUCGUCAUCGUCAGCAUACUCAGACUGGGAGGCGGGUGCGGCUUUGGCCCCGCCCACCCGCGCUCGGCGACGCCCCGUGGCUGCUAGAAGAUACAGUCCCAGCGUGUCAGCUCCGAAGCGUCCGGCAGCCGCAAACGGAGCUACCGCAUCCGGGUCUGGAUCCGGCGCGGCGCCGGCCGACCUGCCGGAGCUGUACCGGCCCGGCGAGUGGCUCACGGCCGUGUCGCCGCGCAAGGCGCCCUACCACCCGCAGAUGGGUGACGCCGUCGUGUACUUCAGGGUGGGUCAUCAAAAAUAUCUGGAAGCUGUUUCGGAGAAAGAUUUAUAUCCUGUUUUGCCACGGGAUAGACCUUGGGAGAAUGGGAAUGUCUACGACUGCGAAGCGGCUAAAGUAGUAGGCAUCAAAUACGCCAUCAAGCCGCCGCGUGUGGCGUGCGUGCGGCUGGCCUGCUGCCUGCCGCGGCCGGCCGGCAGCUCCAGCGCGACCGGCGGCGGGAGCUUUGUGGUCGUGUACCAUGAUAUGCCCGAUGUUAUCGACUUCCUCGUGCUACGCCAGCAGUAUAGCGCGGGCUGCGCGCGCGGCUGGACGCAGGGCGAUCGCUUCCGCUGCAUGAUCGACGACUCCUGGUGGACGGGCGUGGUCCUCGAGAACACGUCCGGCUCGUCCGGCGACGGCGGUCCGGUGCCGGACGAGCCGGACGCGGCGGCGCGCUGGGCGCGGACUGCCGCCGCUAAUUUUCUGUCGCUCAAAGUGCGCUGGGACAACGGCGAGGUGGAGAGGUUGUCGCCGUGGGACCUCGAGCCUAUGGACCCUGAGAGAUUACCAUCAGCUCCCGGCGGUGCCGUGCCAGUAUUACCUCACGAGCUAGAAGCAGUCUUAUAUAAAGCUGAAGCGAGCGAGUGGCCCCCGCGAGGCGACCGAGCAGCCGCGUGCCGCGCUAUAGCUCAUCAUCUCAACCUGGUGAUGUCCCUAUCUGCCGCGGAGCCCUUCGUGGCGCCAGUGGAUCUGCAGCUGUACCCCACGUACGCGCUGGUCGUGCCCUACCCCAUCGAUCUCAGCACCAUUCGUUCUAGGUUCGACCACCUGUUCUACCGCCGAGCGGCGGCCGCGCAGUUCGACGUGCGCUACCUCGCCAGCAACGCGGAGCGCUUCAACGAGCCACACUCGCCCAUCGUGCGCCAGGCGCGGCUCAUCACAGAUCUGCUACUGUAUAUCAUCAGCCAUUGGCGCGAAGUAGACGUGGUGGCGAAGUACCACGAGCUGGCCGCCGCCUACCGCUCCGAGGACGACGAGCCCGCGCCCAGCCAGCCCACUAAGUCUCGUCGUGCUCGCGGACGCGCCGGCUGCACGUCGUGGCGCGCGGCGUGCGCGCGCGUGCUGACGGAGCUGACCAGCUCCUCCGACGCCGGGCCCUUCCGCCAGCCCGUGUCGCUCGAACAGGUCCCUGAUUACCUAACAAUAGUGAAGAACCCCAUGGACCUGGGCACCAUAUCACAAAAAUUAACUGCCGGCCGCUACUCCCGCCCCGCACAAGUGCACCGCGACCUCGCGCUCGUGUUCCACAACAGCAGACUAUACAACACCAACAAGCGGAGUCGGAUCUACUCAAUGACAGUCCGCCUGUCGGCGCUGUUCGCGGCGCUCUGGGAAGCGCACGUGCCCGCUGCCGCCUCCGCCUCCGCUUCCGCUCCGCGCGUGACGCGCCGCGCUCGCCGCAAGCGUAUCGAGUCACAUGCAGAGAGUAUGAACGGCGACAUCGUCUCCCAACCGCCGUCGCCGGAGCGGCCCGACCUGGAGCCGAACUCGGACAGCUCCUCGUCGGAGCCCCUGGCAGCCUUGGCGCAGGCGCGCCUGCAGGCCCCGGACUCCUCCGACAGCGACGUGCCGCUCCGAGCACACAGGAAAGGUAAAGGAGUGGGCAAGAAGACAAAAAUAGCCAACGGUCACGUGCCCACCGCAUCACCGGAACCCGGGCCCGCGUAUGAGAGAGACACUUACAUACCAUCCCCCAAUGGUUUGUCUUCAUCGUCCACGGAGCAGAUCGAAGUCGAACAGUUGUCGAUUCCGGCCGACGACGCGUCUUUAACUUAUGACGAUGACUCGCCCGCCCAUGAACCGAGCCCAGAGUUCCGUCCGCGCGCGCGGCGCAAGCGGCCGCGCGGCUCGGACAGCGCGCCGUCGCCGCCGCGCCGCCGCCGGCACCGCCACCGCCACCGGCACAGGGAGAAGCUGCCCAAGCGGACACGAGAGAGGUUCACAGACGGAUCUUCGCAGUCCAGCUCAUCGAAUUCGGAGCAUUCACCGGGGAGAGACGGGCAGCGUCGCUACGAAUCCGACCAUUCGUACCACCCGCGCUGCUCUAGCGACGACGAACCCCUUCAGCGAUACAGAGAAAGACAAGAAAACGACGCGUCGCAAGGAGAACACUCGGGCAUGAGUAGAUCGAGGCCUUCGCACAGUCGGAGAGGUGGCGUAAAGCUACGAGUCCGCCGGCCGGCGAUAUACAACGAGGACAGUGAGGAAGACUCAGCCGCCGCCAUCAGCAAGCGAGCGCCGCACCACUCGCGCGCCGCGCCGCACCACCAGCGCAGGAGGCACCACGCGGCGCAGGUAUUGAUAUACAACGAGGACAGUGAGGAAGACUCAGCCGCCGCCAUCAGCAAGCGAGCGCCGCACCACUCGCGCGCCGCGCCGCACCACCAGCGCAGGAGGCACCACGCGGCGCAGGUAUUGAUAUACAACGAGGACAGUGAGGAAGACUCAGCCGCCGCCAUCAGCAAGCGAGCGCCGCACCACUCGCGCGCCGCGCCGCACCACCAGCGCAGGAGGCACCACGCGGCGCAGGUAUUGAUAUACAACGAGGACAGUGAGGAAGACUCAGCCGCCGCCAUCAGCAAGCGAGCGCCGCACCACUCGCGCGCCGCGCCGCACCACCAGCGCAGGAGGCACCACGCGGCGCAGGUAUUGAUAUACAACGAGGACAGUGAGGAAGACUCAGCCGCCGCCAUCAGCAAGCGAGCGCCGCACCACUCGCGCGCCGCGCCGCACCACCAGCGCAGGAGGCACCACGCGGCGCAGGUAUUGAUAUACAACGAGGACAGUGAGGAAGACUCAGCCGCCGCCAUCAGCAAGCGAGCGCCGCACCACUCGCGCGCCGCGCCGCACCACCAGCGCAGGAGGCACCACGCGGCGCAGGUAUUGAUAUACAACGAGGACAGUGAGGAAGACUCAGCCGCCGCCAUCAGCAAGCGAGCGCCGCACCACUCGCGCGCCGCGCCGCACCACCAGCGCAGGAGGCACCACGCGGCGCAGAGUGCGGCCACGGAGGCCGCCAUGGAGGCCGGAGCCCUCCUGCUGCGGCAGUCGGGCGGCGCGCCCGCCAUGGCCGACCACGACUACGUGCACCCGCCCCACGAGCACCACAACGGCCACGCAUCGAGCUCUCAGUCGGAGGCCCCCGCGGUGUCCAUCUCGUCGCGAGGCCGCGUGCGCAAGCUCACCGCCAAGGCCAGGGGCCUGCUGCGGGAGUAGACACCACAACUUGCACAGUACGUCAUCUGAACAUUUGAGGAGUUAGACAUGGACAUACAAAUGUGCGAGUUGAAUGUUUCAUCACGGAAAACAAAAAAAAACACGUAUAUAUUUGUGAAUAUGUAUUGUUUGAACCGCGCUCAACUGUGCGUCUUUAAUAUUUUGACAUUAUGAACUUGUUACGCAUAUUUUUUUUAUUAAUGAUCUCAUAUGACAGUCGUGUGCCUCAUAACGCCCACAAUAUAAAAUGUUAUUCUAUACUUAUACACAGGAGGCCCAGAAAUAAGUUGACAAAUAAUUUUAGAAUAUUCUUACGUAAAUAUACAUCGGUUACGGGCAGAAAAUAGGAAAUUCGCAACGAGUGUUGAUAAAUUAAAACACGACCGGAAGGAGUAUUUUAAAUCGACAUGAUUUGCGAAUUACCUUUUCGCACGUUUACAACACGCAUGACGCAACGUUUUACAGUACAAAAGGGUUUUUCAAAUUUCGACAUAUGCACGGAAAGUGCUCAUUCCCGCACGCGUGCGGGAAAGUAGCACCAUAUGUACUGUAAUAGUACAUUACGAUACUAGUGCGAAAAAUAGGAAAUUCGAAACGAGUGGCGAUAAAUUAAAACACGACCGAAGGGAGUGUUUUAGAUCGACAUGAGUUGCGAAUUACCUAUUCGCACAUUCGUACAACGUUUUACAGUACAUAUGGCCCUUUAAAUGUUCGACAUAGUAACGUAAUAUGCUAAUUUUCGCACUAGUGCGGUAAAGUAGCACCAUAUGUACUGUAAAAGAAUUUGCCAGCAUAUUUUUGGGGCAUCCUUACGAUACGAUAGGGAAGAUUGAAUCUUAUUGUUAAAAAAAUACGUAGAAUUUCUUUUAUAUGACACAUUACCGAAACAAAUUAAAUUCGACUUUAUUUAGUUAGUACAAGGUUCUAAUUGAAGUGUACAUUGUAAUGCACAUCGGUCCUUACGGGGAUUUACAUUAAACUAGGGUAAUGGAAAGCGUAAUUUUAAGAACUCGCGUCCAAUCAGUGUGAUAAAUUAAGUAUACAUAAGCUAGUUUAUUUUCUAUGUGACUUGUCCAUCCGUCUGUCUAUGGGCCCCCACACUAGCGUCCCGAGCGUCUGGCUCAACUCAACUCUAUGGCUGCUGCUCGACGCAACGUUGGCGCAACUGUGCAUCGAGGCUAUGUACCAUAGCCAAUUGAAGAUUGUUAAAGAAAACUUUGUAGCCACAGUUAAUUUACUGCCAUCUUUCGACACAUGAUUAAAACUUUUAGAACGCCAUUUGACUUUGAUGCUUAUUCUUCCACUGAUAUGUGUUAAAUUAGUUAAAUAUCAAAAAAAAUUGUGCCAUCUAAUAGAUCAAAUGCCAAAGGCAUCGUUUCGAGCGAUGGCGCCAUAACCUUUAGGUUAUGCCCGGUAAAAUGGCGCCACUUUUUGAUAUAUAAACAAAUUUAACACAUACCAGUGAAAGAAUAAGCAUCAAAGUCAAAUGGCGUUCUAAAAGUUUUACACAUGUGUCAAAAGAUGACAGUAAAUUUACUCUGACUACAAAGUUUUCUUUGACAAUCCACCUCUAUUUCAAAUUCUCUUUGCCAUAGCGCUGACUAGACGCAGGCGCUCAAAUCAAAAGACAUUAACUAACGCUAACCACGUACAACUUAAUCUAAAUAAACAAUUAAUUCGAAUAUUUCACAUACAUUUAUUUGUGAGAGUCUAAUAAGAACAAAACUAGAUGCAUUUAUUUCUAUAAGUUCAGUCGAGCCAAGUAGACAUACUUUAGAAAGAACUUGGCCGAGGACCGCGAAAACUGGCGUCUACUCCACCGACAAGAGCCAUGCUCUUAAAUGAUGAUGAUGAUGAGAGGGCCUGCUGCCAAAACAAGCUUAUGCAUAUACGAGCGAUAGAGAGGAAUCUAAAGAAAUAUCGAUUUUCGUUUUUCGCGGUAGGGACGUAGAUAUUAAAUAAAAGUAAUCAAGUUAAAGAAAAACAUCGACUGUUGACAAUAGUCAUAUAUAUUACUACAAUGGAAAUAAUAAGAGAUUUAUUUGUGUCUGCUUUUCUGUCAUAUACGUUUUGUUUUGAGAUCAUAAUGACGAACGUUGUUUCUGUAAGAAGUUUUUUUUUUAAGUUAUCAUCAUGGUACUUACUUACGCACAAUUCGUAGUAAGUUUUAACUUAAUGUGUUCAUUUAUACAUAAAAUCUGACAUCGAAUAAAUAAGAUUUUUUUCACGCACACCGCGCUGUGCACAGCAAACAAAAAGUCUAAUGCACAACAAUUUCCCGCUAAUAUUAUAACCAGAGUAAGCGUAGGAGUUGAAAAUAGACUUCCGAUUACGCUGGUUAUUAUAUUAGCGGAAAAUCGUUGAGUAUUAGACUUUUUGUUUGCCGCGACAUAUAUUGUCGAGCAGCAGUACUGAGAGUUCCGCUACUUGACGCUAGAUGCAGACUACGAAAAUAAUAGUAUUUUUGUAACAAACCUCUAUGGAGUGAGCACUCUUGGUCUUCUUAAUUAUCUUUGGCAGAGGGGAAAUAAUACGAAUGCCGACUCCCAUCCUGGUGUUGCUUGGAGUUCAUCGGAUUGCGUUUCUUCUGUCAUUUACGCGAAUGUAUGUGACAGCUUUAUAGGAUACUUACUUUUAGAAAAAAAAGUCAUGGAAUAGUCGCGCAAAAUAUUUUUUCUUUAGUCAAUAUGGAUACCUUUAUUUUUAAGAUUAAUUUUUUAUGCAAUAGAAAUUGGAGGUCUUUUUUUGUAUCGAUAAUUCAAAUAAGUAGUUUUAUUUAGCGAAAUUUCUUAGCCUAAGUAAUACCUGAAUUAGUACUUAUUUAUUUAUAAUAUGUAAUCGAGUCAAUUAAAGAGUAACCAAUAUCAACCGCAUCUGGUUUGUGCGAUUAGGAAUUUAUUUUGAAUGGAAUACGGUUCAAAUUGUGUAUAUUUUUCUCAAUAUGUAAUAGUACAGUCGGCCAGGGAUAAACUGGUCAAAUAUAUCGUAGGGCACCUUUCUAACUAUAGAAAUAUAUAUAUUCCGAUAUAUUUGACCACUUUGGCCAUCAUUAUCUAAUUGGUGCCGACUGUACCGCGUAAGCUAAGUAGCAAAUUAUGAAACUAUUCUUUUUUUGUAACUGUUUCUUAAUGAGCACAAUUGUAUUUUUGAUGAUGUACAUAGACACUGAGCGGAAUGUUUAGCAUAACUAGAUGUAAUAUUUUGUAUUGGUAGUUAAAUGAUAAUUUUGUAUUUAAAAAAGACUUUAGGGCUUAGAUGGUCGGCUCAUUUGUCACCAUACCUGUCACGUUCUAACAAGUAUGUAAGUGCGAAAGUGACGGGCAUAGUGACAGGCGACAAAUUUGAACCAUGAUGAGACCGUUGCUAACGAUACCAUAAAGGCUCAGCACACCAGCUGCAUGUGCGCUUUAAUGUUGGAUCCAUGCAUGACGCUGGCGGUGUGCCGUGUCUUAUAAGGAUCUGUAUAUUACAACGCGCAUGUGCACGUCUACGCAAACUCAUCCGGUGUGCACAGCCUUUACUUUAUAGAAAUAAAUGAAAAAUGGAAACGAUAAUUGAAUAGAGCGGUGGGCUGCCAUCCCGUAAUCUCAAGUUCCGAGUCUCGCUAGUGGCAGUAUUUUUUUCAUUUUUUAUUAUUAUUUCUAAACUGAUAGUGAAAUGUAACUCUGUAUAUAAUGUAUUAAUAAUUUCUUGGUUUUCAAUGAAAAAAAAAAAGGAAUUUAUAUUGAUUUAAACCAACACGAUUCUCGUUCAGAGUUUUAAAACAAAUACGGGACUUAAUCACGUAAACUUACGUUUAUUAUAUGGCCUGACGUUUAGAACGUGAUGUUACGCUCGUGGUCGGUGGUAGAUGUUGAUACAAUUCCUCGGUCAGUCAGUCUGCCUGCUUGUGACCACGAGCGUAACGUCACGUUCGAAACGUCAGGCCAUAUAAUAAACGUAAGUUUACGCGAUUAAGUCCCGUAUUCGUUUUAAAACUAUAAAAUAAAUUUAGUUGAUUUUUUUUGUCACCUCUAUACGACUUUCUAACAUUGUAUUUAGCCUUUUGCACGCUAUGUCUAUAUAACCUAAUUAUAACUAAAGGUAGUAAAGUUAGGGCUUGGACUAAUAUAAUUAUCUACAUAGAUAUCCAUUAAAGUUACUAAUAUACCGCCGGGAAAUUUUAUAAAAUGCGAUAUGUCCACGGUGGUUAAAGUCAAUUUGAACAUUAUUUGAAAUAUUUUCCUUAAGAUGGCCGAUCUCCUAUUUAAGCUAUCAAGGUACCAGGCGAGUCAACGAAUUUGGUUUUUAAAAUUAUUGCUUUAUUCUGUUAUUAAGACAUGGCGUUCAAAAGCAACUAAAAUUAUGUUUCUUUUGGAUUUUCCGAAUAUCUUGCGGGCAAUAUUGUGUUGUGUAUGUUUGUACAUAGUUGGACAAAGAUGUGGUUGUGUUGAUGUUGAAACCAAAUCGAAUAAAUUGACUAUUUUAUACUA